AUGUCCGCCGCCGAAGCACCGACAGACGUGCCCGUCGCCGACCUCCCGUCCGGCGCGCCCAUCCCGUCCUCGAUCCCGCCGCCGACCGCCGACUCCUCCUCCUCCUCACCACCAAGCAGCAACAACAGCAGCAAGGCGGCGCCGCGCCUGCCGCUCUCCUUCCUCCUCUCCGCCCCGUCCCGCCUCGACGCCUUCAUCGCCCACCUGAACCGGUGCAUGCAGACGCCCUCGGGCGCCGACGCCGUCCUCCAGUUCGUCUGCUACACGUCGCGCCUGUCCUCGGCCCUCCUCGCCUCGCUGGCGGGCCACGUGCUCGCCCGCCGCUCCGCGAGCGAGCUCGUCGCCCUGGCCCUGGCCCUGCCCUCCCGCGCCACCGCCAUCCUCUUCACCACCGCCGCCGCAGCCGCAGCCAGCCCGGCGGUGGUGGUGGUCCCGACGGGCGGCGUCAGGGCCGGCGCCGAGACGGCCGCCGCCCGCGCCGCCCUGCUCCUCUCGGCCCGCCUCAAGGCCCUGUCGGGCCUCUGCAGCGAGGCCCGCACCAUCACCCGCCUUUGGGCCCUGCUGGGCCUGUACUUUUGGGCGCGCAGCCUCGUCCUCGAGACCGCCGCCUCCCUCUCUUCCACAUCCUCCUCCUCCGGCGAUGAGAAGCAGGGCACCGCCGCCGCCGCCGCCCACCCCAGAAAGUCCCUGGGCGAGCACCUCGUCGCCUGGGCCCAGCUCCUCGGCUGCCUGGGCUUCCAGGUCCUCGAGAACGGCGCCUACCUCUCCUCGCGCGGCGUCCUCGGCUGGGGCCCCGAGGCGCAGGCCCGGGCGGGCGUCUGGAGCGUCCGCGCCUGGGGCGUCUUCGUCGGGCUCGAGAUCGGCCGCCUCGCCGCGCAGCUGUCCUCCCCGGACGGCAGGGCGCGCCUCGCCGCCGCCGGCGAGCUCGACGCCUCGCGCAAGACGCUGGCCCGGAACCUGGCCUGGGCGCCCCUAGUCGUCCACUGGGGCGGGGGCGGCUACCUGCCCGACGCCGCCGUCGGCCUGCUCGGCUGCGUGCCGGGGACCAUCGGCAUGCGGGACCUGUGGAAGAAGACGGCCGCUUGA